AUGAAGGAGGCAAAAGAGGCAUCUCAAAGGCUUAGUCGAGAGCAGGAAAAACACCUCUGUAAAUGGGUUCUUGCCCAAGCGGCCCUUGGGCUGCCUCCAACGCAUUAUCAACUCAGGGAAUUCGCCGGCCGCAUCAUCGUGGCUAGUGGAGACCCCCGCCCGCUUGGAAAACACUGGGUUUCGAGCUUUUUAGCCCGAAACCCAGAGAUUAGCACGAUCAAAGGUAAAUCUCUUGAUUCUGCCCGUAUCAACGGCGCCUCUGUUAGCGGGAUCAAGGAAUGGUUCCAAUUGCUCAAGCUGCCGGCUAUACAGGCAAUCCCACCGGAAUCACGCUUCAAUAUGGACGAAACAGGCAUCCUCGAGGGCCUUGGCUGCAACGGGCUAGUGCUAGGGAGCUCAGAGAAGAAGGAGGCUAUCAAGAAGCGGCUUAGAUCGCGUUAUUGGACUAUAAUCGUCGAAUGCGUCUCUGCAACGGGCUAG